AAUGUGUAAUCAUUCCCCUUUAAUACCAUUAUAGUAUUUUAGAUGGGAACAAACAGAUAGUUGACCCAAAAUUAAAAUUCUGUCAUCAUUUACUCACUCACUUGUCAUUCCAAACCUGUGUGAUUUUCUUCUUUCUGUGGAACACAGAAAUCCCCUUUUUAAAUCCCCUUUUUUGUCCAUGCAAUAAAAAUCGGUAGUGUUGUUUUGCUCAAAUAUGCCUUCAAGUCAAUAAAUAUGACAGUGAAUGGAGACUAUAGAACACAGUAUAACAAGGAAAACCCUUUGUGUUGAGUAUUACUUUUCCUUUAAAAAGACUGUUGAAUUGAGAUUUGGAGUGUGCUUACUUAACUUGGUGACAUCACUGAUCUAUAAUUAGCUUCUCAGGCAGUUUGAGUCAUUCUGCAAAAUAUGUGAGCCAUGCAGUUAAGCUUAAUUUCAACUUUAAAAACCAAAUAACAGAGCAUACUUUUUUUAGCCCGUGAUAAUUGUGUUUUGGGUGAAAGAAAAUAAAUAGCAUGUGUUAUGUCACCAGAAAAACACAGAGCCCUUUGUGAGGAUUUGCACUUUUAUAACACCGUGUCAAAAUAGCCUGUCAAUUUAGGCUAAUCUCUCAAUAUAAGCUUUUCUUCUCAUAAAUCUGAAUUAGUUCCCCUGGCUUUGCCUAGUCUCUUGCAACUCAUAUAACAGUGGAGAACUCAGUUGACGGUGAUGAAAUUUGUAUUUCAGCAACAGACUUUAACUGCAGUCAUGACUGGCUUUUUGAAGAAAUUUUACCACAUAGUUGCUUUCAGCUGGUAUGCCUUUGUUAUUCAGUCUAUUUUUGCAAAAGGGGAUUCAGAGCUGCCACCUGGGAUCUUUGUCUAUGGCGGACCCUGGAAAUACCUAACAUUUUUAAACCUGGUCUUACAGAUGGUGUUUUUUGGAAUGGCAUCUGUGAAUGACCUCCAGCCUGUGGGGAAAGGCUCCAAAAUGUCAUUUCUUUGCCUCUGCAAGGACUGCCUCUUUUCCGUCUUUGUGUUUCCAGUAGGAAUGUUUGUAGUUCUGCUGUUUUGGCUGAUUUUUGCCUAUGACCGAGAGCUGGUCUAUCCAGCUUCAAUGGACAACUUCUUCCCUCAAUGGAUGAAUCAUGCUAUGCACACUCUUGUUCUCCCAAUCUUGUUCGGCGAGAUCCUGUUGGAGCCACAUAUCUACCCGAAAACUAGAAAUGGUUUAGCAGCUUUGGGAUUUGUUGGUCUCGCUUACUUAGGAUGGAUUGUUUGGGUGUAUCUAACAGUGGGAGUCUGGGUUUACCCUUUACUGGGGCUGUUCAGCAGCUCAGGAUUGACUGUCUUCUUCUUUCAUAACAUGCUUGUUGUGUCGUUGCUGUUCUUACUGGGUCAAACUCUGAACCGUAAAGUUUGGGGGAAAGAACAUCCAAAACGUACAUGUUGAGUCAGAAGGAAGUGUUUACCAGACUAAAAAUGACACAUCAUUCCUUGUAAAUUGUGUUCUGGUGAACUGGCCCUAUAAGUAUCUGUUAUGAACCAGAUCCAAGUGAUUUGAAUGAUGUCUGCAGCUUGUAAUAACUACACUUGCAUUAUCACAGUUUUGUAUGUUUUGUAUAUGACCAUUCCACUUCUGCUAAUAUAAAUGUGACACUACAGUGUGUAUCUGAUGUAUGUCACACUAGGAACUUGCCACUUAUAAAAAUAAUAAAGCUGGUGUCCUCUAA